UUGUAAUGUAGAUAAAUUUUAUGAAAUCAACGUGGAUUGAUCGUCUUUUCUCGUGGUUUUUAAAUUAUUAGUGAUAUGGCUGUCAGAUCGGUUUUAUGUUUAGGUGAUAAUGUAUGUAAAUGCGUUUUUGCGACAGUGUCAUUUAAACCUAAAUUGUAUACAACAAAUGUAUAUAAUCAAAUUAGGCAUUUCAAAAGAUUUCAAGGCAGUGAGAAGAAAAGAUUAUCAUUACUAAACGAAUAUGUUGAUAAGGGUAAUGUCUCUCUAUCCAAAAUGUGGAAGCCUUUUACUUUCACAGUUAUGUUUAGUGGAACAACUCUUAUUGCUGCUGCCAUUUGGAACUAUGAAAAUAACAGAGAACGAACCUAUAGAAUAAUCAAUCGUUAUAGACAACUGGGCGUACAAAAAAUAGGAUGGAGACGGGACAUGGAAAUUUGGUGGAAUAACUUAACUGAAGGAGAGAAAAUUUUUGCCCCAAUAUGUUUUUUAAAUGUUUUGGUAUUUCUAGCAUGGAGGGUCCCUAAAUUCCAGAAAACAAUGAUAAAAUAUUUUUGUUCCGGUUCAGCAUCUGGUGCAACAUGUUGGCCAAUGCUGCUGUCUUCAUUUUCCCAUCAUUCAUUUUUACAUUUAGCUGCUAAUAUGUAUGUAUUACACAGCUUUUGUUCCUUGGCUGUAUCAGCUUUGGGUAAAGAACAGUUUGUGGCAUUUUAUUUGACUAGUGCAGUGAUGUCUAGCUUUAUAAGUAAUUUGUACAAAACUGCACUUGGCUUGUCCAAUCCUUCCUUGGGAGCUUCAGGAGCAAUAAUGGGUGUUUUUGGAUAUGCCUGUACCCAGUUUCCAGAUAUAUAUCUUUCUAUUAUUUUUCUUCCAAUGUAUACAUUUACAGCCAAUACGGCAAUCAAAUUUAUAAUGGGACUCGAUACAAUGGGCAUCCUCUGUCGUUGGCAAUUCUUUGAUCAUGCAGCUCAUCUGUCUGGAGUCUUAUUUGGCAUAUUUUGGAAAAUAUGGGGUAGUGCAUAUAUAUGGCAAAAACGUGAAUCGAUAUUGACGAUUUGGCAUGAUAUCCGAGGACCACCGAGAUCACGUUGAUAUCUUUUCAUAAAAAUAUAUGCUGAUUAUUCAGGAGUGUAAAAAAGAAGAAAAUAAAAUUGGAAUAGCAAUGUUUAUAUAUUGAUACUCUUUUAAUAAUUAUGAUAGACGAAAUGAAAAACUGUACAUUUCAUGAUAAUAAAUUUGAAAUGUAAAGUUAAUA